UGUUCGCCUAAUCCGUUCUGUUAAAGCUACCAUGUAAUGUUUACUUCUUUGGAACAACGGCGUGUCCUCCUCGGUUAGCAGUGUUGGGAGAUUGCAGAUGCGGUAUCUAAUGUCGUAUAAAUCACGAUACGUUCGUUAAAAACUCGGAAUCCUCUUCGCUUCGGCAGUAUUAACUUAGUGGUUCGUGAUGGCGAUGUUCCGCAGUUUUGUUUCGGCUGCUCAGAUCAGGCAACAUCAGCAGCAAAAUGGAGCCUCAUCAGCCGCACCUGGAGAGAGUCUAGAGAGCCAGUUCUCCUGCCCAAUCUGUCUGGAGGUUUACCACAAGCCUGUCAGCAUCGCCAGCUGCGCACAUACUUUCUGUGGGGAUUGUCUCCAGCCGUGUCUCCAGGUCACAUCUCCGCUCUGUCCGCUCUGCCGAAUGCCUUUCGAUCCAAAGAAAGUGGAGAAAUCCUCCAGCGUGGAGAAGCAGCUGUCGUCGUAUAAGGCGCCGUGCCGAGGCUGCGGCAAGAAGGUCACCCUGGUCAAAAUGCGGUCGCAUAUUUCAUCUUGCACAAAGGUUCAGGAACAGAUGGCCAACUGCCCGAAGUUCAUGCCUGUGGUCCCGACCUCACAGCCCAUUCCCAGCAAUAUCCCGAACCGCUCCACGUUUGUGUGUCCGUUCUGUGGCGCCCGGAACCUGGACCAGCAGGAGCUGGUGAAGCACUGCAUGGAGAACCACCGCAACGACCCCAACAAAGUGGUGAGUGUGUGUCCGGUGUGCUCAGCGAUGCCUUGGGGCGACCCCAGCUAUAAGAGCUCCAACUUUCUGCAGCAUCUUCUCCACCGGCACAAAUUCUCCUACGACACAUUUGUGGACUACAGUAUUGAUGAGGAGUCAGCACUGCAGGCAGCACUGACCCUCUCAUUGGCCGAGAGCUGAGAGUCUGACAUCAUAUCCUGUUGCACAAACAUGUGAAGGAUCUUCUCGCCCGUCUUGUUUUAGGCUUUCCUUGUUUCUCUGUAUUUCCUCUCACUCUACCUCUCUUCUGGUCUAUAUUUCUGAGCUACACUCCAGCUUGAUCCACAAGUAGCUCUAGUUCCAUCAAACCAACAGAAACAGUGAUGUAUGCAAAAGGUCAGACGAAGGAAUAGAUAAAUAUCACCAUGCUUGUUCUUCCUGUUGUGUUCUAUCCAAAUGUGAGCCCGGCACUGCAGUGAAAUCGAGUACGGAGGGAUCAGCGCCACGUUAUCUGAAUUAUUAAAACUAUGUUGGGGUUUGCUGUCCUCGUGAUGAACUCUCAUCUUUAGGCAAUACCAAUACAGAAAAGAGAGAAUCUCAUUAUCACUCAUUUAAGGAAUGCUGAAAACCAUCCGCCCUUUUUUUUAAUCAAGAGUUGAUGUGAACACUUGCACUCGUCACAGUUUUCUACAUGUCUGAGUUCUAGUAUCGUUGUUCUUUUAUAGUUCAAUAACAGAAUAUCGACCGACACGACUGCAUAUACUCUCCUCUUGACUUGCUACAGUGAUAUUUUCUAAGAAGCAUCGGAUAAGAUUAAAGUUUAUAUUUUUGGAAAAAAGUUUCCGUUUUAAAUGGUGCACUGAUAAUAAGACGGCGAGCUUCUAGAGAUGCGCCGGAUCGUUGGUACUGUUCAUCUGCAUCACUCACUAGUGCUGACUUUCAUUUACCAGUUCAGGAAUCGUACUUGCGAUGUGACGUUGGUUGGAAAUAAAGGGAUGCGUUUGGCAUAUUCCUUUCUCUCUUUACAUCG